AUGGAUCGCUCCACCAAACCAAGUUUCAACUUUGUGAACCUCACACAUCCGGACGAUUUAAAGAAUGAAGAAACCCAACUUCGCAUCCGACGUUUGGCUAUGACUGAGGUCGGCAAAGCCAGGAGGAAACCCAAAGCGAAGAGGGCACGCAACGAGAUCAUCCUUGAAUUCCGAAAUCCAUUCGAAAGUCGCGUAGACAUUGAUCGGUUUGGUGGCGGUCAGCUUGACCCAUUCAAUCCUUAUCCAAUCGAACUGAAUGACUCCGAUCGAGCGUUGCUAGCGAACGUAUUCAGUACUGAGGACAACAAUCAUCCUAGUCAGCUUCGCGGCUCAUGGUACCCCGUUGGACUGAGCGAUGCAGCUGCUUUCUACAACAUGCUGUCAAAUUCCCAGAACUUCUUAUUCCAGAAACGCAACGGAUACUAUCCCUCCCAAGACGAUGCCAUAGCGCUAAGAUAUCAUAACAAAGCGCUUGGUCAUACCGCCCAGAUGAUGAAUGAUCCUAGCAAGCGUCUAAGUGACGAGGUCAUAGGUGCCGUGGUAUCUUUCAUGAUCCACUUUGUGGGUAAUAUGUAUUACAAUGACAGUGGCGAGGCUGACAUCUCCCAGGCUCUGAUGGGAAACUUCACUGGCGAUGACUGGCAUAAACACAGUAGCGCAUUAGUCAGAAUAGUGGAACUCCGUGGCGGCUACGAUGCCAUCGCGAAAGAGUACUUGCGAAUCACAAUCAGUUGGGCAGAUCUUAUAGGAAACUUCUAUCAAGACCACUCGCCAAUUGUUCCUAUGCCACCACAGUGGAUAGCAGACUCCAAAUCUCCACCGAAUUCUCCACGACCUUGUAGUGCUGUAUCCCUUGCAUGGAAACAAGUACUACCCAUGCAGCUCGACUUUAUCACAAUCUUCGAUGAUGUAGUACAACUGAUCUCUCUUGAUCGAGCUUUCAACGAACAGCAGCUGAUGCUAGCGAUCACGAGCGGUAGUUGGAUGGAACCAACCAUAUACCGCCUGUUGGCUAUUCGGCCUCUAAAUCACGGCGAUGACAGAGAGAUAGUCAUCGAAGAAGUGUGUAGACUUGGAACAUUACUCUUUCUGGCACCGCUCUGGAGAAAUUUUGGUCAAUCGCCCGUAUGGACAGCCGCCAUAUCUCGCAAUCUCCUACUUGUACUCACGAAGAACAUGAUCGAAUGGAACGACUUGAAGCCUUUUUUAAUUUGGGUGCUGUACUCUGCUGCCGUCGAGACCAAAGACCUUGCAGAACGAAGCCAAUUUGUGUUCAUGCUUGGAAUUCUGAUGAGUGGUAUGCAGCUACAUGAGUGGGACGAUAUCAUGUUAAUUGUUAAGAGUGUAUUAUGGGUAGAGAAGGUCUUUGCAGGCACAGAUGAGUUGAUUCGCGACGAAGUUAUGCAGAUCGUGAACCAUAAUCCUAUGAACAUCUUGCUGGCUGAAACUACGCCGCCAAGUUUCUUGGGAGACUUCGCGACUGAGACAGGUCAGGACUAG